GUCCUGUGACCACGCCCUCGGCGAGGUCGUUUCUGCCUAGCGACCUCGUCUCCCCGGGAGCCGUUCAGGCUGCUUCCCUCCCCAAGCGCCCUGUCUCUCCCGGGGCCGCGGAAGGAACUACAUCUCCCGGCAGGCAGCGUCGGCCCUCCUUCCUCCCUGUCCCGGUUCCAGGCCCUGGCAACCGCGUGACGUGGAGGGUACCCGGAGCUGCGGUCACCGCUUCAGUUCUAGCGGAUCCAGCCGCCUAGGCGGGAGCAGGGGCCCAGCAGCCGCUGCCCCCGCGCCGCUGCUGUCCGCUGAGCUCCGGGGCGUGGAAUCUACCCGGCGGCCCCCACCCUUAGCCCGGCGCGCAGGCCGGAAGGCGCCAGCCAGCCGCAGCCACAGGGUCCAGGCAGGGUGGCGCGCAUGGCCUCCGCGGGCGCGCGGCGGCUCCCGGCUAGGACGCGCGCGGCCGCCCGGGGCUGCUGCGGCGUCGCGCUCCGCCCGGGCGCGCUCCAGGCCCCGCCCCCCGGCCCUCCGCGACCAAUGAGAUUUCUGAUUUCCUGCAGCCUCUUCUUGCCCCGGACUGCCCAGGUCUUGGCAGCUGAGGCUGGCCUACCUCCUUGUCGUUCCUUCAUGGGCUUUGCAGCCCCUUUCACCAACAAGCGAAAGGCUUACUCAGAGCGGAGGAUUAUGGGGUACUCAAUGCAGGAGAUGUAUGAGGUGGUGUCCAAUGUCCAGGAGUACCGAGAGUUUGUGCCCUGGUGUAAGAAGUCUCUGGUGGUGUCCAGCCGUAAGGGUCACCUGAAAGCCCAGUUGGAGGUUGGCUUCCCACCUGUCUUGGAACGUUAUACCUCUGCAGUUUCUAUGGUCAAGCCUCACAUGGUUAAGGCUGUUUGCACUGAUGGCAAGCUCUUCAACCACUUAGAGACUAUUUGGCGAUUCAGCCCUGGUAUCCCUGCCUACCCCCGAACCUGCACAGUGGACUUUUCGAUUUCCUUUGAAUUUCGUUCUCUGCUGCACUCCCAGCUGGCCACCAUGUUUUUUGAUGAGGUUGUCAAAAAGAAUGUUGCUGCCUUCGAGCGCCGGGCGGCCACCAAGUUUGGUCCAGAAACAGUCAUCCCCCGUGAACUGAUGUUCCAUGAGGUGCACCAGACCUGAGGCAAAGGACUGCUCCCUCAGCCUCUUCUACUUCCCCUUCCUUUGUGAUUCUUAUUUAUUUUGUUUGGCUCUAACUUUGAGAGGGACCCAUGUUCAUAGUACUGUUUCUCCUCUCAAUUUUAUAAAAAACUGGGCUCUAUGCUGGCUGAAAAUGUUGUGGAAAAGGCAGGGGAUGUGGAAAUGAUAUGAAUAGGAAAAGGUCAGGCUUUUCUUUGAAGUUCCAUAUGCCCUCUGCCUUUUCACAUUGAAUUAGAACCAGGACUUUGGUCACUGAGCCCUGUAAGGGCACUUUAAAUAUCUGACCAGGGGAAGAAAGUUAACUUCCUAAAAACUUAAGUAAACAGAGCUUUUUCUCUGAUUCAGAGGUUCUGGGUGGUAACUUUUGUUUUACCUUAGAGUCCUCACGAGACAAGGCAGCCUGCUUCAGUUUGAAUAUUUCCAUGCUGUCUAGUAGCGUGAACAGCUCUCACCAUCAGUGCCACAUAGUGGAAAAAUAAAUACUGAACAGACUUGUCUGAACUAAUGGGUUGCACCUUAUUCUUCCAAAUGACUUGAGUUUUUAUAAAAUCUCAAUAAACUGUGACAGUGUGA